GUAUACACAUAUUUGACAGUUAACGUUUAACGUUAAUAUGUGAUAUCGAGUAUCUACCUAUUUGUUCAAUUUUAGCCAUUAAAUUAAAAAAAACGUUUCUACCUAUAUUUUUGAAUUUAGUGCAAUGGCGAACGUUAAUACUGGUGAAUUGUUAAACUUUCAAGACUACUCCCCUGAACACAACGGGAGAAGUGCUCGAAUUGACGUGGAAGCUGUUCACACAAAUCAAUACAACAAUGUUGUGACAAAUUCGAAUUAUACAUUUGAAGAGCCCAAAACCGUUGUAGAAGAACAGGAGACUGCUCCUCAGACUAAUCAUAACUUCUGGACUAUAGAGUACUAUCAAAAAUACUUUGAUGUCCAGACAAGUGAAGUUUUGGAAAGAAUUGUAUCUUCUGUGUUGCCUCAGAAAGUAUCUCGCAACUACUUUGACGAGCGGAUCAAGGGGAAACCAGAUUUAUAUGGGCCUAUUUGGAUAUCAGUAACUUUGAUUUUCACUAUUGCUGUAAGCGGCAACAUAGCCAACUACCUCCAAAAUGCUAAUAAAGAAGUACAUUGGAGGUACAACUACCAUCUUGUUUCAUAUGCAGCCACAGCUAUCUUUUGUUAUGUGUGGUUGGUGCCUCUGGCUCUAUGGGCUGCUCUUAAAUGGUCUGUAGUUCCCGAUGGCCAAGAUGAAAUCGAAACUCAGGCUUCGGCAUCACCAACAAUGAUAUCACUGUUCUGUCUGUACGGCUACUCAUUGUCCAUCUACAUCCCGGUGGCGAUUCUCUGGACCAUUCAAGUAUCUUGGCUGCAAUGGCUGUUUGUGCUAAUGGCGGCCUUGGUCUCUGGCGCCGUACUUAUAUUCUGGCUUUUACCAGCUUUGAAGAAAUCCAAAUACUCUCUAAUAUUAAUCGGCUCUAUACUAGGAUUUCAUUUCCUCCUCGCUAGCGGCUUCAUGUUGUAUUUCUUCCAUGUGCCCAAUACAGUUGAUCCCACAACCGUUGUCACCAAUACUACUGUUAAAGUUUAAAUGAUGUGAUAUCUAUUAUUUAAUAUGCAAGUAUGUAUAGCUUGUAAACAGAUUCCUUCGACUAAGAUUCAAAAUAUAUAAUGUGCGGUUUAGGAAUUAAAUUAGUUAUAUCAAAUUAAACAAAAUGCACAUUCCUCCCGUACAUAAAUAGUUUCAACCACUUUGAAGUACAUCAUUUAGAUGUAUUAAAAUUGACUAUGUUAUUUAUUAUAAGUAAAAAAUAAAUUUUAUGGAGAUA